AUGGAGCCAGAUUCGAAUAUCAAGGAACAAGUUCAAGAGGGCAGCAUAGAGCCGAACAAGCGGCCAAAGACGACCAAAGAUGAGCAGGAUACUGAAGUAGCUAUGGAUAGUGACAUUUCCACUAGCAUUUUGGAUGCAGAAGCUAGCCCUGCGAUGGUUCAGUGUAGCGAUACCCCUCCCCUAGACCCAAAGAGCUCUGUCCCAACUUCGCAACCUGCGUAUGGCUCUGAUGCUACUGUGGACCGCCAAUCUUAUCGUUCUAACGGCGACUGCCCAGAUGAGAGUGCUCCAGGGAAUAGUACCAAUGAAAGUGAUUUACAAGAUGGCCCGGGUGAGGGUGCUCUAGAGAACGGUACCAAUCGAAGUGAUUCACAAGAUGACACCGAUAGAAGCGAUUCACAAAACGGCUCCGAUGAUAAUGCUUCGCAAGAUGACUCCGAUGAUAGUGCUUCACAAGAUGACUUCAAUGAUAGCGAUUCACAAGACGGCCCGGGUGAGAGUACUCCAGGGAACGGUACCGAUGGAAGUGACUCUCGGGAUGACUCCAAUGAUAGUGCUUCACAAGAUGACUUCGAUGGAAGUGAUCCACAAGACAGCCCGGAUAAGAGCACUCCAAGGCACGGCCACAGCGAUGCUACAGACCGCCAAUCUCGUUAUCCGGAGGAUGACUUGUUGCCAGAUAAUGAGGACGAUGAUAGUUCGGUUUUAAGCAUUUCUAAGGACGACUUCUUGAAACAAUCGGUCAAUAAUAACUUUGAGGAUAAUGAGGACGAUAAUGAUUCAUCAUUAGUAUUUCUAAGGACGACUUCUUGA